AUGGCGACCGACCACUAUGGGCUCGGAGAGCCACGCAUGCUGGAGAAGAUUGACAAGCUCUUUGCAUGUGGCGUCGGGGAGCUGGUCGACCUUCCACAGAUUGUUGUUGUUGGCGACCAGUCUUCAGGCAAAAGCAGCGUGCUCGAGGGUCUCAUCAAGAAGCCACUGCCUCGCGACAGUGGCCUCUGCACGCGUUUCGCCACCCAGAUCGUCUUCCGCCGCGCACCGGCUUCUAAAAUAGACGUCUCGAUCAUUCCAUCUCGAGACGCGAAGCCUGAGCAUGCCAGUCGCGCCAGAGGCUGGGGCAAGGCCGUCGAGAAGCUCGACUCGAAGGCCUUCAUCAAGAUCAUGGACGAGGUACACGAGGUGAUGGGGCUCAAGGCUGACAACAGCGACACGGAGGACAGUGCGCCAAGUCCAGUCAAGCCGCCGACAUUCUCAAACGACGUGCUGCGACUCGAAAUUUCCGGACCAGAUCAAGAGCACCUGAGCGUCAUCGAUGUCCCUGGCAUCUUCAAGUCUACGACCGUCGGGCUCACCACUAAGACAGACAUCGACCUUGUUCGGAACAUGGUAAAGAACUAUAUGGACAAUCCACGCUCCGUCAUGCUCGCAGUCAUCCCAGCCAAUGUAGACGUCGCAACGCAGGAAAUUCUCGAAUUGGCUAAUGACGCCGACCCGCAUGGAGACCGCACUCUAGGUGUACUCACGAAGCCGGAUCUGGUUGACAAGGGCGCUGAACCGCGCGUGAUCGACCUCGUCGAUGGUCGCGCGCGUCCUAUGAAGCUCGGAUGGCACAUCAUCAGGAACCCAGGUCAAAUGGAAAUGGCAGAUACGGGUCUAGAUCGCGGCGCCUUGGAGGCAAAUUUUUUCCGCUCACAAGCUCCAUGGAACACCAUCGAGAAGGAUAAGGUUGGCAUUGAUGCCUUGCGCGUGCGACUCAAGGAUGUAUUGUCGUCGCUGGUCAAGCGAGAGUUCCCCAAGGUGAGGACCGAGAUCAAGAACAGGCUCGAAAACCGGAACGCGCGACUGGAGACUCUUGGCCCAGAGCGCUCCGAUUCCAGCGACCAGCGGGCCUUCCUGACGAAACUCGCAACGCGGUUCCAGCGCCUUGUUUCUCUAGCUCUGUCAGCGAAUCACGGUGCCGACAAUGCCUUCAGCACGAGACCACAACUACGCAUCGCGCCUGCCGCGAUGGCUAGAAUGAAGCUGUUUUCCGACGAAAUGGCGGAAAAUGGUCAUACUUAUGCCUUCCUCGACCACACGUUCGGUACCACGUCGCCCUUCAACAAUACCCUCGCAAAUGUCGGCAGAGGCCCUCAGCAACAAGGCUUCCCCAACCGGAAGAUUGUCAAUGAGUCCGUGGAACUGGUGGACAUAUUGCAAGCGGCGUCGCAUAUCGCCUAUCCAGAGAAGGGCGGCAUCAAGGGCUGGCUGACGUACGUCUUCAAGAACAAUCGAGGAUUCGAGCUUGGCACGUUCAAUACCACAAUUUUGGCCACCGUCAUGAAGAAGCAAUCAUCGAAAUGGGCCGAAAUGAGCCUGGCCUACGUGAGCGACAUCAUCGUCAUGGUACACAAUUUCAUCGUGGCCGCUCUGGAAGCCGAGUGUGGCGACGUCAAUGUUCGCGAAGCCCUGAUGCAGAUCCUGCUCGAUGAGUUGUUGAAGCGCUACCAGAAGUCGCUCGAUGCCGCCAAAUUUCUGCUCGAAGUCGAGAGCACUGACACGCCCUUCACGCUCAAUCACUAUUUCAACGACAAUCUGCAGAAGACACGACACGAAAAGGUCCACGCAGGUCUCAAGCGGAAGGCAUUCGAGCUGGAAGGCACUCAGGUCGUGCGUGUGGACCAAGCUGCCGAGGUGAACGACAUGAGUAACGACGAGCAUGUUGUCCAAGAGAUACAUGAUAUCCUGAAGUCGUACUACAAGGUCACCCGCAAGACCUUUGUCGACAACGUCUGCAAGCAGGCCACGAACCACUACCUCCUCACGAGCGAUCAGUGCCCACUUGCCCUGUUCUCGCCUAUCCUGGUAGGCCAGAUGUCGGAGACCGACUUGGAGGAGAUUGCUGGCGAGUUGCCUGAGGUGAAGCGCACCAGGGCCCAGCUGAAGAAGGAAAUCACGAGCCUGGCACAGGCGGUCAAGAUUCUUUCUCGUGCUUGA